AGGACCGAGAAGGCCGUACUUGCCUUUUGGAACUCCUGAACAUUAUCCCACACCCCAGUGGUGAUAUCCUAGGGAUCUACCAAAUUAGACACACGCAUUCAUUGAAUCAUUUUCCAUACCCAGAGAAUCUCUAUUUCUCUCUCUCUCUCUCUCCUCUUUUCUCCCCCAAUUCUUCCUCUAGGGUUUUGCUCCAAAACGACGUCGCAGAAUGACGGCGGUGCCGCCGCCCGUUUCUCCGUCCCGCACAACCUGCGCGUCUCUUCUCCACGAACUCCAGAUUAUUUGGGACGAAAUUGGGGAGAGUGACAGCGAGAGGGACACCAUGCUUCUCCAGCUCGAGCAGGAGUGCCUCGACAUCUACCGCAAGAAGGUGGAUAUGACCAGAAAGUACAGGGCCGAUUUGAACAGGUCCCUCGCCGACGGCCGGGCUCAAAUCGCCGCCAUCGCCUAUGCUCUUGGAGAGGCCAGUUCGUUUUCCCGGGCGAGAGGCACACUCAGGGAGCAGCUGUCCGCCGUGAAGCCUGUGCUGGAGGAACUGAGCUUGAAGAAGCAGGAAAGGGUGAAGGAGUUUUCGGUCAUUAUGUCGCAGAUUGCGAAGAUUUCGUCUCAGAUUGCUGGGGAUGGUGUGGCUGGGAGUGCCGGUGAGGAUGCCAGAGUGGAUGAGCGUGAUUUGAGUGUCAAGAGGUUGGGAGAGCUCAAGUCUCACCUCGAGGAACUUCAUGAAGAAAAGGCUUUGCGGUUACAGAAAGUCAACAGCCAUGUUAGUAUCAUUCACGACCUCUCGGUUGUAAUGUCCAUUGAUUUCUUUACGACACUCAGUGAAGUCCACCCGAGCUUGACUGAUCAGUCCGCCGUUCAUUCCAAGAGCAUCAGCAAUGACACUCUUGCUAGAUUGAUGGCGCUGACCAACUCGCUGAAGCAAGAGAAACAACAAAGACUGCAAAAGCUACAAGAGCUUGGAAGCAAACUAAUUGAAGUAUGGAAUCUCAUGGAGACGCCGACUGAGGAAUGUAACAAAUUUGACCAUGUCACGCGCUUAACUACUUCCUCAGGGGAUGAGCUAUUAAGGCAUGGAUGUCUUUCACUUGAUGUCAUUGAGCAGACUGAGGCUGAACUCGAGCGGUUGAAUGUUUUGAAAGCCAGCAAGAUGAAGGAGUUGGUCUUUAAGAGGCAAAAUGAGCUCGAAGAAAUUUAUAGAGGAGUUCACAUGGAUGUAAAUAGUGACGGAGCUAGACAGAUUCUCAGCAGCCUCAUAGAUUCUGGUGAUAUUAAUUUGUCUGAUCUGCUUUCAAGUAUGGAUGAUCAGAUUUUAAAGGCCAAAGAGCAAGCUCUGAGCAGAAAGGAUAUAUUGGAUAAGGUAGAGAAAUACAAAUUUGCAUUUGAGGAGGAUAAAUGGCUCGAUGAGUAUGAAAAGGACGAAAAUCGGUAUAGUGCAGGAAGAGGAGCACACAAGAAUUUGAAGCGUGCUGAGAAAGCCCGGAUUUUGGUCGGGAAGAUACCAUCUAUCAUCAAAAGUUUGACUGCCAAAGUUAAAGCAUGGGAGAGCGAGAAAGGAGUCCCUUUCUUAUACGACAAGGUUCCCCUGUUACAUAUCGUAGAUGAGUACAAUGCACAACGGCAGGAAAGAGAGGAGGAAAAGCGUAAAUCUCGGGAGCAAAAACGUCUGCAAGAACAACAUGCUACUGAACAGGAGGCACUAUUUGGUUCAAGGCCGUCUACAAAGAAGCCCUUAGGGCAAAGCACCAAUGCUAAUACCAAUCUUGGGACCCCAAUUAAUCGUCAUACAGGUACCCCUUUGGGCCGUCAUGGAGUGUCAGCUGCUAAAGAGCACAGAGAAAGUGGGAGGGCCAACAUGACACCUGUUAACUAUGUUGCUCUUCCAAAGGAUGAUUCUGUAUCUCGGAAAAAUUGAGGCAUCUCUCUACCAUGAAAGUAGCAUGUAAUGAUGUUUCUCCCUGAAGGCAUGCGAAAAUGACCAAAUGUCAAUUAAGUUUCUGUAGUUUGUUG